AUGCGUUUAGGCCACAUCUCGGAGUCUGAGACUGGGGCUGCAGGUGCCGACAGUGGGGCUGCAUCUUCCUCUCCCAAACAACCUUCCAAACCCAUCCGUACGCGCAAACGUGGCUUUAGAUUUCGAAAUCAACUACUUCAUCAACAAAAGGCAUCUCAUCCUCCUUCUAAGAGCUCUCAAUCGUUACUUCAGCCUCCCUCACUCAACUCUUCUUCUACUAACAAUGGUGCGGACGAGUCUAGUCUUAACGAAUUCAAUCGAAACACUAGCAUCUCUGAAACAGCAUCUGCCGCAGCACAUGCCCUUCAAUCGAUGCCCGAGGAUCAAUCAACUCAAGAUAUUGAACUACGACAAGUCGAUCAAACUUACAAUCCAGGAGAAUGGCAGAUUUUUAGAGACAAUGAAACUUCUGAAAAUAACAAGUCUUCCGUAGUAUCUCCUAGAGGGCAGAAGAAUGGAUCGUUUAAAUCCUUUGGAAGUCAUGUCACUAACGAAUCCGUUAUAGAGUUAAGCAGUGAUUCCUUUCUGUCAAGGUCCAAAACCAAAAUCGCCAAUUAUUCUCGCUUUAGAGUACUUAAGCGCUUUAAAAACUUGCUUAUGGGUAUCUCUGAACCUAUUCCCUCUCAAGGAGGACGAGUAGUUCCCAUCUCUGUUAGCAUGGACCCUGCUUCUACAGAUUUUCCGACAAUCACCAACCGUCACGGCCGCAUUCUUCUCAUAGACGAUCGUGUCAAUGUGCCCUACGUCUCUAAUACAAUUACUUCAUCCAAAUACACCAUCUUCAGUUUCUUGCCUCGUCAGAUCUUUGCACAAUUCUCAAAAAUCGCAAACUGCUACUUCAUGAUCGUUGCCAUCAUGCAACUAGUUCCUACUUGGUCUACAACCGGUACUACCACAACUAUUAUUCCCUUAUCUAUCUUUAUUUCUAUUUCCAUCGCUAGAGAAGGCUGGGAUGAUCUACGACGUCAUCGAUUAGAUAAAUUGGAGAACGAACAUAUGACUUACGUUCUACGCGAGACUAACGAACGGAACUCUCAUAUUAAACCUUAUAGGGAUCACUGGAUUUCCGGUGAGUCCAGUAUUGUUUCCUCAUCUCAAUCGUCUCGAUCCUCCCAUUCCUCGAGCGUCUUUUCUCAGAACAUUAGACAUAAAAACUCUUCCAUGAAAGAGGAUGCGCUGGCAGAAGAAGGACUGAAUUUGAAUAAAACUCAAUGGAGCAACAUUAAAGUUGGUGAGAUUGUCAAGCUAGAGUGCGACGAAUGGGUUCCCGCAGAUAUCAUUUUGCUUACCAGCACAAACGACCUUGGCGAGACUUUCAUUGAGACUAUGGCCUUGGACGGAGAAACCAACUUGAAGAGUCGUGUUCCGAACUCUGGUCUUCAUCACUUAGCCAACGAAGCCAAAACUUUACGCAGCCUGAAUGCUAUUGUUAGGAGUGAAGAUCCUAACCUAGAUUUAUAUCACUAUGAGGGUGCUUUAAAUUUGACUGAUGCAAAGACUCACGAGUGCCACAAGUACCCAUUAGGACCCGAAAACAUCAUUUAUAGAGGCUCUAUUAUUAGAAACACAAAGGCAUGCCUUGGAUUGGUUAUCUUCACUGGUGAGGAAACUAAGAUCAGGAUGAACUCCAUUAGAAGACCUCGCAUCAAGGCACCAAAGUUGCAAAGAUCCAUCAAUAUAAUCGUUAUUUUCAUGGUUUGCGUUGUGAUUCUUCUUUCCUCAUUCAGUACAAUGGGUGAAAGACUAUUGUACAAAAAGAAUAAAAAUUUAAACUGGUACAUUUAUGAGGAAGAUGUUGGUGUUGCGGCAACGUUGAUGGGCUUCAUCAUUAUGUUGAAUACAGUGAUCCCCCUAUCAUUGUACGUGACAAUGGAGAUAAUUAAGAUUAUGCAGAUGUUUCUUUUACAAUGGGACAUUGAUAUGUAUGACCCUGAUUCGAACACCCCUGCAGAGGCCAGAACGGCCACCAUUUUGGAAGAAUUGGGACAAGUUCGCUACAUAUUUUCCGACAAAACAGGGACUUUGACAGACAACAAAAUGAUUUUUAGGAAGCUUUCUGUUGGUGGAUCUGCCUGGAUACAUGAUAUUGAUGAAAGGUUACAGGAAAACAAUGACAAUGACAACGUCGAAGAUAAUUCCAGUAAUCAACCAGCUUUAUUCAAAUCUCCCACUAUACGAGUCUCUGGUAAUCCCCCAAGGCCAAGCGAGGAAGUGAUGGGUCAAGGAUCUAUAACAUUUACGGGAAGGCCAAGUAUGGCAUCUUUGACUGUUAGGCAGUCAAGAAAGACGAGUUCUUCUCCCGUGAUGUCUCCAACCACGACUAAGACCGGCAACAGUCCCGAAGAUCUCAAAUCUACAGUCGAACUUAUCCGAUAUGUGCAAACACAUCCGAAAUCUUUGUUUGCAAGGAAAGUCUCCCUCUUUUUAGUUUCGGUUGCUCUUUGCCAUACUUGCUUGCCCAAGCGUGAAGAAUUAGACGACACAAGUUCAGAAAAUGAUGAUAACACUGAUGGCGCCAUCGAAUAUCAGGCAUCUUCACCAGACGAGUUAGCACUUGUUCAGGCAGCUAGCGAUAUGGGAUUCGUGUUCUACAGCAGGAAGCAGAAGAUUGUUACAUUGCAGCUGUAUCCAUCUGGAUUUGACAAGGAACCGGUGUUUGAGAAGUACGAAGUGCUAGACACAGUCGACUUUUCGUCUGCUAGAAAAUGUAUGUCGAUAGUGAUACGGUUCCCUGAUGAGAAGAUAUACUUGCUUUGUAAGGGUGCUGACAAUAUAAUCAUGGAGAAAUUGAAGUCUCAUGGAUUAGCUGGGCAGAAGAGGUCGGAGUUGGCUAGAUCCAUUACGGAGAGAAAGCAAAUAGAAGCCGAUUUAGUGUUAGCUAAUCGAUCUAUGGACUUGAGACCUAGUGACUUAAGUGGACGGAAGUCCUCAGGUAUUGGUGCGCGUGUUUCUGGUAUCAGCCUUUCCCGUCCAUCUAACUUGAUAUCUCCUAGACUACCUAAAUUAUCUAUUUCUUCGUUGACGGAAAGCCAGAACGAAGCUCGACAGGUGGACGAGGUUAUCUCUCAGUCAAAGCGCUCGAUACAGAUGAUGCAGAAACAGAAAUUCAACGAGCAGAGUUACAUUCCAACUGAAAAACUUAUUGAGAAUGAAGAGUUUGUUAUAGAGAAGACACUUCAGCAUGUUGAAGAGUUCUCUUCCGAUGGCCUUCGUACAUUACUUUAUGCAUAUAGAACAUUGACUGAAGAUGAGUACCACCAUUGGUCUCAGGAAUAUGCUGUUGCGAAGACUUCUGUGAAAAAUCGUGGACAGAAAGUUGAAGAAGUUGGAGGAAAGCUCGAAGAAGGACUUUCACUUCUUGGAUGUACAGCCAUCGAGGACAAACUACAAGAUGGGGUUCCAGACACUAUCGAGAAGCUUCGUCGUGCUGGGCUCAAAAUGUGGAUGCUAACUGGAGAUAAACGUGAAACUGCCAUCAACAUUGGCUAUUCUUGUCGGUUGAUCAAGGAUUACUCCAAAGUGGUAAUCCUCUCGAGUGAGAGGAAUAGUCUUUCUGAACUCAGUUCGAUGAUGACCGCAGCAGAAAUUGAAAUUGACGAGGGCAAUGUUGCUCACUGUGUGGUCGUGAUUGAUGGCACUACCGUGAAUGCCAUUGAAGAGGAUAUGACGCUCAUGUCACUCUUUAUUUCUUUUGGUGUGAAAGCGGAUUCUGUUAUCUGUUGUAGAGCCAGCCCUUCCCAAAAAGCAGAGCUUGUGGAUCGCGUGAGAAAACUACGUAAGGGAGAGGUGACUCUUGCUAUAGGCGACGGUGCCAAUGACAUUGCGAUGAUUCAGAAUGCAGAUGUUGGUGUCGGUAUAACUGGCCGAGAAGGAUUACAGGCAGCUCGUGCUUCGGAUUACUCUAUUGCACGGUUUAGAUUCUUGCAAAAGUUACUCUUGGUGAAUGGUCGAUACAAUUACGUGCGAACAUCAAAAUUUGUGCUUUGCACCUUUUAUAAAGAGCUCAUGUUCUAUCUCACGCAGUUACUUUACCAGCGAUACACUUUAUUUACUGGUUCUUCACUCUAUGAGCCAUGGUCCCUUUCCAUGUUUAACACUUUGUUCACAUCUUUGCCUGUCAUGUUUGUUGGUAUGUUUGAUAAAGAUUUGAGACCUUCGACAUUGAUAGCGGUGCCUGAAUUAUACGCUAUGGGAUGUAAGAGCGAGCGAUUCAACUUAUCGGUGUUUGUGCAGUGGAUAGUACUUUCUGCUGCGCAAUCAGUGACACUUUUCUUCACGAUGAUCUACAUUUAUGGUUUUAAUGCGACUCUCGAUAACACGACAUAUCCUUUGGGUAUGGUACUUUAUACCGCAUUGGUGUUUGUGAUCUGCACAAAGUGCUGUAUCAUCGAAACACAUAAUAUCACAAAGCUACCCGUCAUUGCAUGGGCUAUAUCUGUGUUUGGAUGGUUGAUGUGGUUGAUGCUUCUCGUUGGAUUGAACACUCACAGGAUGCAAACCAUUUUUUAUGUGAACCACGGGCUUUUCGAACAUUUCGGCAAGGAUAUAACUUUCUGGGGAAGUAUCUUGGCGCUCAUAUUUGUUGGUGUACUCAUUGAUUUAAUCUAUGAGUUUGUCCACGAUUGGUUACGGUUCAGCGACACUCAGGUGUUUCAACAGCUUGAACAACAGCCAGGAAUUUGUGAAAAAUUCGAGCUAGUCUCUUACAACGUUCUUAAACAGGGGUGGAUGUGGCUACAUGACUCGGUGAUCAAUGAAGAGAUAGUGAAAGACUGGCCUAAGGCUCGCAGGAGGUUCUAUUACUUUCGAUCGUUUCUGCGUAAGGGAAGUAUUUACCCGUCUAAGGCUACAAAGAAGAGACGCUCCACUAUGGUGAAUCCUAAGGAACUACCACCAGGAUCACCAUCAGUAGUGAAACUUGCGUCAUCUGAUAGGUAUGAGAAGGAAAUGUUACCAUCAGGGAAGGUUGUACGUAAGAAGAAGACGAAGAAAGAGGGGGACGAAGAGCAGGACACGGUCGGUAGCAGAAGACCGAGAUCGAAAAGCGUCAAGUUUGUCCGCUUGUUUGGAAGCAAGAAUGAUACAGACAAUGCAGAAGGAACGAUGCAAGAUGCGGACAUAGAUGAGGUGUUGCAGAGAAGAAUGAAAGAUUUAGAACAGCAGUAG